UUGGCCCGAUUGCGAAGCACGCGAGAGCUACGAUGCCUUGAAGCGGGCGAACGUUCCGGUAUGCGAUUUUCCCAUGUAUAUCGAGAGGUAUCGCCAAAUCUGUGGUCCUCAUCACCCAAAGUCAAUGUUCAAUGUUCAACGCUCAAGUACAUUCUUCGCGGCCCUUGUGCCAUCGCAAUUGCAUCCCUAGGCCUUCGGACUCAGCCGUCUCGACUCGUCGCCCGUGGCUCAAGCCCUCUCCGCGCCUGUAUGGACGCGCGAGCCGCGAACCAUGCCUCAUGCGACACGGGGCUCCUAGCUUCGCCCACAGCCAACAAGCACCCAAUCUCCAAGCUCUGCUGCCAGUCAAAUCCGAAUCUACUACCAGGCAUGGAAUCGGGCUCAACUGCUGUACUAUCGACCCCUCUGGACUCGGACACCUCGGCGAACACGACGCCAGUACCGGACGAGGGCCCGGGACCCAGCGCCCGUGCCCAAGGAUCAAAGGCCAGCUGUCCACCCCGUAUAGCGCCAGGCCAGCUAACUCAGGAAGCAGCAGUCUCGGGUUCUGGCCGAUUGUGAGUCCCUCGUCAGCCUCACCAUGUCCGUGCCGUCGUUCCCUCCCAUGGUGCAAACGCGGUCAUGCAUGCGGACGCCUGCCAUCGCGCCGCGCUUGCCGCCUGGUGACGUCCACGACUCGGAAGCGAACACCCGUGCCGCCCACGGAGGCCAACCCGGAAAGCAUACCCUCCGAUCUUCCGAGCGGUUUCCGCGGUUCCACCUGCGGCGCGGACGUGUUGCGUAGCCGCGAGGGACCGUGCACGCCCGUGGACACAUUGCAGACUGCGCGCACGUCGCCGGAGCCUGCCUGGCAUCCGGGCGGACCCCCGCCCUGCAAGUUCGGGGCGUCGGGGGUCACAGCCGCGAGCGACCUGCGCGCUGGUUGGGGGUCUUCCCGUAUGGCGAUCUGCGCCGAACGUGCCCUGCUGAUCAUGGAUGCUAGGCGACCGGGCGCCCACCAGUCUGCCCAGCUCGUCUCCAGGGCCCGCGACACGGACGUGUGCCGCCCGUAUCGCUGUCGCGUUCGCUGCGAAUCCGAAGGCGUGUCCGGACGCUCCGCCGGUACAUCCCCCCGCGCAGUCUCGCAACCAAUCCACACGCUCUCCCUUCCUCUCUGUUGCUGCCACCGCCACGGCCCCAGUCCCGCCUCCGAACCGGCGUCGACGGUCCAUCGGAGGUCCACCCAUCCGCUCUGCGCUCCCCCGCACACGCGCCAGCACCCCGCUCAGCGUCCGCUCGACUCGGAGCCGCAGGACCAGCGGUGUCGGUGUCUGGCCCGUACUAGCAGCCAUGCGCCGGCUCUCGUCGGAAUCAAUGCGCGCCGAGCGAGCGGCGCGGCGCACUGGCAUGGGGGCGCAGCACAUCCGAGGCUCGCUACAGAAUCGAGGCGCGCCGUCUGCUUCUGCCAGGGUUGGCUGUCUGCUCCUGGCGACGUGCGAGUUGUAUCAGGGACGGCAUGGGCGUCGGCGGAAGGCGGCGCACGAGCACGCGUCGGCGUCGAUCGCAGUGGGGGCUCGUACGUGUUCGUUGGCACGCGGGCACUCGAGCUCGGACGUCGGUCGGUCGCGGUGUGCAAUGUGCAUCUCCCCCGACCUCGCACUAUCAGCUGUCCGCGCGCAUGAGGCCAUGGAACUCACGGACCUCGAUGUCUUCACGUCGACUUCGGAAGGUCUGUGUCCGAGUGGACCUGGACGUACAUGUAUUGGAGAUGUGGUGCGCCGGAUGCGAUCGAGUUCUGCAUUCCCUCUGCUUGAAAACGCGCCCCGAGCAACAGGCCACUUGACCGCACCCGCGACAAGAUGCGUGU